AUGUUUAUUGCCUUGCUAGCCUUGGUUCUUAGUUUCUUUGCUGUGGAUGGCCAGUUCCCCAGGGCCUGCACCACUGACUGGGCAUUAGAAUGUAGAAUAUGCUGCCCUCCAUGGAAUGGAAGCCCCUGUGGUGAACAUGCUGGACGUGGAGAAUGCCCCAUUAAACACGUUUCCAUAUACAGCCAAGUCUCAGAGAUCCCUCAUGGGGGUUAUCAAUGCCGCGAUGACCGCAUGAAUUGGCCUACAGGUUAUUAUCAGUAUUUUUGUAGAUGCAAAGGAAAUUAUACGGGUUUCAACUGUGGGGAAUGCAAAUAUGGACAUUAUGGAGAGAAAUGUGAUCAGAAGAAGAUACUGGUUAGGAAAGAGAUGCGGAAUCUCAAUGUACCUGAAAGGGAAAGGUUCCUCAGGUAUCUCACUCUGUCCAAAUCUACCACCAGCAAAGACUUUGUCAUCCUGGUGACCGGUGACAGGUACAACCCUGAAACAUUUCAGUUUCGGGAUGCCUCCAUUUAUGACUUGUACGUCUGGAUCCACCACUACUCCAUGAAGCCCAUUGUUCUGAACUGCACAGAUAUGUUUGACCGUAACUUUGCCCACCAGGGACCUGCCUUUCCCACCUGGCACCGUUUGCUGCUCCUCUUUUUGGAGAGACAGAUCCAGCUCUUGACCGGAGAUGAAGACUUUGCUUUUCCGUAUUAUGACUGGAGUCAGGAUGGCAACUGCUCAGUCUGCACCGAUGAGCUUUUGGGAAGAAAUGAUCUUGAAGGAAAUAUUCUGAAUAAUUCCUGCUUUUCCGCCUGGGGGAUGAUGUGUGCUAACAGUAAGUACCCACGUAACUACUGCCAGUCAUCUGCCAGCAAUGCCUACAGAGACAUUCUGCACCGGAGCCCAGGCAUGAAGGAGAACACCAGCCUGCCAACACACCAAGAUGUGCAGAAUGCUCUGAAAUGGAAGUACUAUGACACCUACCCAUACGACAGGACGGCACAAUACAGCUUCCGCAAUGCUGUUGAAGGCUUCCUGAACCCAUCAGAUGGGAAGAUGUAUGGAUCCUAUAUACACAACAGAGUCCACAACUACAUGGGAGGAACAAUGGGAGACAUCUCCAUAUCUGCCAACGACCCCAUGUUCAUCGUGCACCAUAACUUUGUUGACCUUGUGCUGGAGUCAUGGAUCAUACAACACAAGGGAAGUCCUAAAGACUUUCCAGAAAACUCCCACCCGGGGCAGCAACCUCUGGACUACGUUGUUCCAUUUUAUCCUUACCUUCAAAACAAAGACCUUCUACAGACGUCCUUAGUAUUUGGGUACACAUUCGAUAAGUCUCCAAGAUAUGAAUAA